GGUGCGCGUUGCAGUCCGCGGCGAGAGGAGGCGGGAGCGGCCGCCGGCGACUCUGCCCCUCUGCCCGCUGCCCCGAUCCCGGCUCCCGGCGGGACGAUGGCCAAGGUGUCCGUGCUGAACGUGGCGGUGCUGGAGAACCCGAGCCCUUUCCACAGCCCCUUCCGGUUCGAGAUCAGCUUCGAGUGCAGUGAGGCCCUGGCGGACGACCUGGAGUGGAAGAUCAUUUACGUGGGCUCUGCUGAGAGCGAGGAGUUCGAUCAGAUCUUAGACUCGGUGCUGGUGGGCCCCGUGCCCGCAGGGAGGCACAUGUUUGUCUUCCAGGCCGACGCCCCCAACCCAUCCCUCAUCCCGGAGAGCGAUGCUGUGGGCGUGACCGUGGUCCUCAUCACCUGCACCUACCACAGACAGGAGUUCAUCCGCGUGGGCUACUACGUCAACAACGAGUACCCCAGCCCCGAGCUGCGGGAGAACCCGCCCCUGAAGCCAGACUUCUCCCAGCUCCAGCGGAACAUCCUCACUUCCAACCCCCGGGUCACCCGCUUCCACAUCAACUGGGACAGCCACACGGACAGACUGGAGGCCGUGGAGAGCCAGGACCCUGCCCUGGGCUGCGGCCUCCCCUUCAGCUGCACCCCUGUGAAGGGCAUGGGGCUCCCGGGCUGCAUCCCCGCCCUGCUUCCAGAGAACUCCAUGGACUGCAUCUAAGUGGGGGAGCCCGGCGCUGGCCGGCCCCGCCUGGGACCUGGCACCGUGGAUCAGCUCGCUCUGCAGGCCCCGGAGCAGCAGCAGGGACUUCAGCCUGCACGCGCCUGCUCUCACCUGCUCGCGCCAUGCCUGCCCAAGGCCGCCACCCCGGCCUCCUGCUGUCCCUUGUCCCCUGUUGUCUCCUGGGUGCUGCAGGGCAGGAGAUGGCGGCCCUGAACAGUCUGACUCGGCGCCCAGCCACACGAGGGCCCUUCCGCCCCAGGCUGCCUGCACCCAGCUCUCAGGCCACAGGGACUUGGGGCCAAAGGAGCACUGGAGACCCCAGAGAGCGCCCCUCCCCCAUCUGCUGCUGUGUCUGCUGCCGUGUGUAUUUAAGGGGGUUUAUAUUAAAGAUGUUCGGUUGGUUUGCAAAUAAAAAGCACUUGGUGGAGACUU